ACAAAACUAUGAAAUUUUUUGGCGUGUUUACCAUACAACAUUUUUCCACGAGCGUUCUUCUGUCCGAUUUCACUCUCUUAGUUUGCCUUUUCAGUAAAUGCACCCUUAUACAUUAAACAGAUACUUAUAACAGUUACAUUUAUUCAAAACGUAUAUGACUAGCUGCAUUAAAAUACAGUAAUGGGUGUAGUUUGGUCAGCAUUGUGGAAUUAAUGAGUGAGAGCGUGCAGGGAAGCGGUGGUGUCGGGACGCUCCAGGUAUCAGUGGCACCAUCACUGUCGUGGAGGUAUAGCUUGUGUCUCUUGCGCGGUGAGAUGCGGUAAAAAAAAAAGAUAACAAAAACCGAGUGACAUGGAGGUGGAGGUGGUGUUUCCAUACGAACCAGUGCAUGAGGACGAGCUCCGCCUCUGUGUGGGGGACACCAUCACAAAUGUCACUCCACAGGAGACGGGAUGGUAUCGUGGUACCCUCGGCUUCAAUACUGGUGUCUUCCCUGACAACUUUGUCAAGGUGUUGACCAAGGAGCCCAAGAGUGACUCCCCUGAUAGAAACGUCACCAAAGCACUCGAUGUCCAGAGGAGAGGUGAAAUGAGUGGCCGGAGGUGUCGGGUGGUCUUCAGCUAUACCCCGCUUCAUGAUGAUGAGCUGCAGCUGUGUGUAGGGCAGACCAUCAUUGUGCUGCAGGAGGUGGAGGAAGGCUGGUGGAAAGGUGUGCUGGACGGACAGGUGGGGAUGUUUCCCUCUAACUUUGUUGAGGAGCUGGCAGAAGACAACAACACCAAGCAACCAGAGUCCAGCCUUGAGAACAUUAACAACCAGCUCAAUGUGAAUGGCAGAGGCUCCCCAGCAAGUGAUAUCAAGCCCAACCAAGUGCAGGAUCAGAAGAGAGAGGAGGGCAUGAAGCGGGAGCCAGUCAUCACCUCCAACUCCAACACACCUGCCCCCACCACCACCGCCACUAAUGGGUCGGCUAAGAUCCUCAGUCUUGGUGGCUCCUCUGCCUUCCAACCCAUCCACAAACCCAAGGAUUCGCUGCCUAAAGAAAAUGGCCAGUUGAAGAAUUUCCGUGACCUGCCCCAUAAGCUGCCACCUGCCCUGGAGCCCAAAGGAGAGAAGGUCACCUCAAAGACAGACAAGACCCGAAUGAAUGCCUUAGAGAGAGCCACGGGGCCCAGCGGUGACGAGAAGACUAAGGUGGAGAAUACAGCCAAGACAGACCACCAUAAUUCCACCACUACUAACCCUCCACACCAUCCCCCUCCACCACAACUGCCACCCAAACCUGUGCGAGAGUUGGCACGGGUGUUGUUCCCCUACUCGGCUGAGCAUGAGGAUGAGCUGGAGCUGCAUGAGGGAGAUAUCAUUACAGUGCUGUGCAAGGAACUGGAGGACAAGGGCUGGUGGAAGGGUGAGCUGGCAGGCAAUGUUGGUGUCUUCCCUGACAAUUUUGUGGAGCUGCUCAGUUCUGAAGAAGUGGCUAAACCACCAAGGCCUGAGAAGCCUGCAGCAGUAUUAGCUAAGAAAGGUUCACCCAGUAGUUCAGCUGACAGCACACCCACCAGCACUCUCAACAAGUCUGGCAAAGAACCACUGCCUUCUCCUGUAGAAAAAGAACCACCACCACCUCUACCAGAAAAAAAGGUUUCUGCUCCACCUCCUCCAGAGAAGAAGCCCACAUCUCAACCCUCCCACAGUGUGUCUGAGCCCCAUGAGGGUUCCCCACAACCCCUUCACACAACCUCUCACCCAGCCAUGCCCAAGAACACCAAGAAGACUGCAGUGAAAGAGGAUGGAAGCAGCCUUGUCUUAGACACAGAUGGGGAGAAACUUACCCAUGUUACCCAGAACCGCCCCAAAGGUCCUUCCCAUCGCCGUCCACCGUCAGGAAUCUUUAAGGAGAAUAUGAAAAACCAAAACAACGACGAAACAGACUCUCCUCUCCCCCCAACCCCUGAGGACAAACUGGACCAUGACACACCUUCACAGGCUAAUGGAGAACUAUCUCGGAGCCCCAGUGUGCCAGCCCUCAGUCAGCCAGCGCACGGCAGACAGGCAGAAGUUCGGAUAAGGCCUGAGACAAGUCCUAGGCCAGAUGCAAAUCCUCCUGUGCCAUGGCUGCAAGAACUAGGCCUAAAACAGAAACACAAACGGCUGUCUGGCAUCAUUAUUCCAGAGGGAGAAUCUUCACCUCCUUCUGCCCCUGCAGUGUCCCCAAAGCCAGCUGCCAAGCCUGCAAAAUCCACUGUUGACACUACAUCCACCAAUAUGCAUGUCACCAACACAGUUACACCUCCAAAACCUAAACCCUCAGAAACCCCACGCCUCCCUACCCCAGACUAUGAGCACAAGCCCUUCACACCACAACCUCCUCCCAGCAAGAAUAAGCCUCUCCCAGCCACUCCACAACCCACAGAAAGUAAAAGAACUGCACUACCCAGUCAAGACACAAAGAAAUUAGCUCCCACCCCUCCAUCAAAGGAAAGCAAAAAGCCUGUAUCUGCAGACAGCACAGCACAACUGGAAGACAGAAUUGAUGCACUGUACAAAGAAUUGCUUCCCAAAAUAAGGAGCUUGGAGGAGCGAGUUGAAGAGCAGAGGAAGGAGCAGAACCGCAAGAUGCAGUCACUGAUGAAGGAACUGGAUGAUGAGCGGAAGAAGCGAGCCUGCAUGGAAGUGGAGGUGGAGCGUCUCAGAAAAUUGGUGGAUGCCUAUGCUCAAGUGUAGGAGAGGGUGACAGGUGUGCUGUUAGGGAACCAUCACAUUCCAGGCAGUAUAGAAGAGUGUUGCAGCAUCACAUCCUUUUCCCUCCAUGUAUAAGAACAGUUUGUUGACUGAUACUGCCUCUCAGCCUCAUUCCCUGUAGGUGUAAGAGUAUCUUACUGAAGCACUAAUCUGCCUUGGUCUUCCUUGCCGGCAGGAAAAUAGGUUCCUGACCCGUGACUGUCAGAUGUAAAGCACCCAGGCUACUGAUUGGAGGGGUGCUUGCACAUGUGUAUGUAUUUGUGUGUGUGUGUGUGUGUGUGUGUGUGUGUGUGUGUGUGUGUGUGUGUGUGUGUGUGUGUGUGUGUGUGUGUGUGUGUAUGUGCAUUCAUGUAUACAUGUGUGUGUAUGUGUGUGUGUGUGUGUGUGUGUGAGUGCCAGCAUUUGUAUGCAUGUAUGCAUACAAGCAUGCUUCAGUACACCUGCAUUCUUAUGUAUGCAGAGGAAGAAAUAACCUGUAUCCAGCCAAAAGUGCUGAAGUAGUAUUGUCAUGGCUGUGUUUUCCUGCCACAGCUACUUGUAUCUAAUAAUAGUUCUGAACAUCAGUGUAUGUAUCAGAUUUUUCUGUAUUUUUCAAUAUUCAUGAAAGUAUUUUCAUACAGAGAAGUGUUCAUUAUUAAAGUGUUUGAAUGAAGGUAUGACUACUCCCUAACCUCCUCAGCAUUCAUACUGAUGAAAAGGAAGUUAGUGGCAGUGUAUUGUCCCUACUGAUAUGUUGUGCUAUUGUCACUGUGCCAUGUUGGUGAUGGUGGUGCCAAGGUUCCAUUGAGGCUCCUUUGUCCCUCAAGAGCCACGAUUUAGAGCAUUGUUAAAGUAUACUACUUAAUGUUUUUCAAUGUUUUAAUAUAAAUUCAGCCAGUAUUUGAGGAUGUUUGGGAGAUACUAUGGUGUUUGUUAAGAGCAUUUUUGACAAUGCUGGUCAAUCCACACACUUGAUAUUGCAGACCCUUAAUUCACUGGUGCUGUUCUUCAGCAGCCACAUAAUGAAGCUUGAUCCUUUACCAAUGUCUUCACAAAAGAGUCGGAUGUGUCAGAAAUAUCAGUAUUUCAACCAGCAGGUGUACAGACCUAAUGCCUCUUUCUUACACUGUUUUGUACUGCAUCUGGGCCAGGUGUUCAGAUGUCUGCUGAUGUAGAUAAUGUAUAUAGUCAGAGAUUAAUGAGAGCCUAUUUGUCAUAUACAAGAAAGGAGUUUUCAGGAACAAUGUAAUAUAGAAAUAUCAAGAAGUGUCCAGAAGCAAUAGUUAUGUGUUGGAGACAUAUCAAAACCUUUCUUUGUAAGUUGAUCCCUAGCAUAGUAGACAAGCAGAAUGUAGUGCAUAAGGAAGAUACUAUAAAUUACCAAUUUUGUAUGUAAAUAUCAUCUAAGGCCUUGAUUUUUAUAUAAAGAUAAAGCUAAAUGAAUAAAGUGUGUGUUUCAAGAUGGUACUUAUACAUUUAGUGAGAAGUUAAGGAAGGUUGCCUCAUGUGUUGUGUUUCAGUGGUUAUUGUCCUUUGUAUAUUUUUAUAACAUUGCAACUCAAUUCACAAUUCUUCAUACAUGCAACUUUUUUAUUCAUCUCUCUCUCUCUCUCUCUCUCUCUCUCUCUCUCUCUCUCUCUCUCUCUCUCUCUCUCUCUCUCUCUCUCUCUCUCUCUCUCUCUCUCUCUCUCUCUCUCUCUCUCCACAAAGUAAGCCUCAAUGGAAGAACCUUUGUAUGUGUCCAUAGUGUUAUCCCAUUACCUUGAUUGCAUUUAGGAAUGUAUUCUUAAACAUGUUGGCACCUAAUAUUUAAUGGGCUGUAGUGAAAGUUGUGUUUCAAGCAUGUUUUUAUGAUUCUUGUCAUUGUUUAACAAGAAUUCUUCAUCACCAUUAGAAAAACAAUGCCAAUAAAGACCAACUAAGCAUCUCUACAGCCAUUGAAAGUAGUCCUUGUGAGAAUCCAAACGCAUUUCAAAAUAUGGGCUUUAGAUUUGGUGGUGUAAUCACCUUUGUGUGUCAUUAUCCUUUGCUGUGGCCAUUCUAGCCUCUUGAUUUUUCUCUGCUUAUGAGUGUUUCUUGAUUAAUUUUUUAUCUUUUUUUUUUCUCCAUUUAUUUAUUUUUGAUUCCAUGUAGUGUAACAUUUUUCCAUCAUACAUGUGUGUAGCUUCUUUUGUACGUGCUACAAUAUUUCAUUCCAUUGAUGUACAAGUUGAAUAAAAUAUAGAAAAAUCAUUCCUAUAAAAGACAGUGAUAAUAGGGAUCAUGUCAUUUUUAGUGAUAAUUGGAAUUAUAUCUGCACUUGCUCAAAUUUGUGAGCUCACAUGUGUCAAGUCUUGAAGUCUGGGACAAAAAUUUAAGAUACCAGAACCACUCUUCACAUUUUAAUGAGACUCCCAAGAAGGCAGUGAUUUGGCUUUGGCUUCACAGUACAAGACACUAUCCAUUCCUACCAUUUUUACUGUAAUAGUUUGUACUUAAGGUGUGAUAAUUAACAUUCCCGAAGUCAUUUCACACUGUUUAUAAGAAAGGGUCAGUAGAUUAUUAUUAGCUGCUAUAUGCUAUGAUUGAAAGGAACUUGAGGUUGCCCAAUAUGUGUGUGUGUGUGUGUGUGUGUGUGUAUGCAUUAAUUUUUUGUAAACAUUCCAUAAUUCUUUGUAAUUUUCAUUUUUCAGAUUAGGAAUAGCUACUUUGGUGAAAAAAAAAUUAAUCAUAAUCAUAAGAAUUAUAGAUAUCUAGUCAUAUAAUGUCAAAGUAAUGCAUAAUUGGCAGUGAGGUGUAUGGUAUGAAUGUUGAUUGUAAUCUUCUAUUAUUUGGGGCUGUGGUAUCCCACAUUGUGCUGUAUGGGGCUAUAGCAUUCCACUUGUGCUGUGUGGAACUGUGGCACUCUUUUCUGCAAUGUGUGGGGCUUGUGACACCCACUUCAUGCAUGGGGCUGUGGUAUUCAGUUUGUUUUCUGUAGACCAUGGCACUCACCCCCUAUGCUGUGUGAAGGAUGUAGCACCCAUUAUGUGCUAAUGCACACCUCAGCCUUCAUCACCCCUAGAAAAUAUAAGAAUUUUCUUUGAUUAAGCUGCAUACCAUUGCAAAAUCUGUAUAUUUUUAAUAAUCUUGACCCUGCAUUGUACCUAUCAACCAUUUAUUUUCUUGUGCACAAUCAUACUUAUAUUUUAUUUAACACUAGUCAGUGUGUAAAUAAAAGUAAAUGAAACCCA